UAAUGAUAUGGUGCCGCUGUCAGACUCCUCCCCCUCUCCCCUCCACUUGGCUGCUUCUCCAUCCCAGCUGCUGCCACUUACUUCAUCACCUCUUCUGCCUUCAUAAGGAGCCUCUGGAUCACCAGUCUUCGCCAGUCCGUUGCCCCUGAUGGUGCAUAGUUGGUCCUCUCGUCUCGUUCAUGGUGUUCUGUCUCGUUAAGCCCUUGGCUAAUUUCUGUCUCUGCUCAUCUCCAGGAAUCCAUUGUCACAAGUGGUCGCCUGCAUCAACUUCUGUCUGGAACCUUCCCUCCGUUUGCUCCCGCUGGUCCCACCUCGAGCCUCUGCCGUCUUCUGCCAUCUCUCGGACCCCCUCCGACGUCAACUCCUUCCGACUGUCUGCGGAAAGAUCCAACAGUGACGCCACUCGAGUUCGAUCUUCACUCUCUGGGAACCCUAGAUCCUGCCCACGGCUUUCUGUCUGUUCACUAUUAAAACCUCUUACCUGCCACGCUCGUCCUCCUCUGUGUUUCCUCCGGGUUCCAGCGUCUGGGUCGACAAGUGUUCUGUAGCCAUGACAGUCUUGAUUUCAGUGCAGAUUCAUGGUCUCAGAAUGAAUUGGGAUAAGCUCUACACCGUGUUGAAGCGUGUCAGGAACAACUCCACCAGUUUGGGGAAGAUCUGGUUGUCUGUUCUUUUCAUCUUCCGCGUUGCCAUCCUUAUUCUGGCAGCAGAGAAAGUUUGGGGAGACGAGCAGUCUGACUUCACCUGCAACACACAGCAGCCUGGAUGCAAAAAUGUCUGCUAUGACCACUUCUUUCCUGUGUCGCACAUCCGCCUGUGGUGCCUGCAGCUCAUCUUUGUCUCCACACCAGCCUUGCUGGUAACCAUGCAUGUCAUCUUCAAACAACGUAAGGAUGGGAAGAGCGAGCAGUCCUCUGAGAUGUCAGACCUUGAGAAGCAGAAGGAGAAGAAGCCGCGUCUACCCAUCACAGGCUCUAUAUGGCAAGGCAAGGCAAGGCAAGUGCUCAUUUUUGAAGGCGUUUUCAUCUAUGUUUUGUUCCUCAUCUACGAUGGCCUCUAUAUGCCCCGGCUUGUGAAGUGUGAACAGUGGCCUUGUCCUAACAAGGUGGACUGCUUCAUCUCCAGGCCAACAGAAAAGACUGUCUUCACCAUCUUCAUGGUGGCCUCAUCGGCCAUCUGCAUGAUGCUGAACGUGGCUGAACUUUUCUACCUCAUCCAUAAGAAGCUCACUAAGUCUUCAAAGAACUCAGAAAAGAGGAACGAUCUCUGCACUGACAGCACAAUCCAGGAUUCACAGUAG